UGUGUACUUUCUGUGCCUGGUAGUAAACAAGCAGUUCAAUGACUGACUUACUCAAAAUUUCAUUAUACUCUGCCUGAGCAAAAAUAAUAAUGAGGACUAAAGCACUAAUUUUCAGUUUUAUUUCUGCCAUAAUUGUUCAAAGUGUGACAGCAGACAAAGGAAAGCAUUAUGCAAAAGAAAACGUGUGCGAAGAGCUCCGGGUCAUUGGAUCAAAAAACUUCAGAAUAAUAGUGACAGCUCUAUACAGCCAGAAGUUCCCAAAUGGAACCUUUGAGGAAGUGAAUUGUGUGGCUGAUGAAAUGGCUAAACUAGCAGAACAGUGCUGCCAAGAUGAUGCAAGUCUUGACUGUUAUGACAAAGGGGCCACAGAGAUCACAGACAAGUCUUGUAGGAAGGACUCACCAUUCCCCAAGCACCCAGGCAUUGAGCAGUGCUGUACUGCCCAAGGUGAUGGAAGGAAACUGUGUUUAGCCAUGCUGCGUUAUUCAGCAGAUGAACUCCCCUCCCUGCUGGAACCCACACCUGAGGAGAUCUGCACUCAGUAUACUAAGGACCGCAGCAGCUAUGCUCUGAGGUAUGUAUACGAGUUUUCUCGGAGACACAGGAGUAUCCCAGCAGGUUUUGUUCUCAAUGUGACCCAAAAUCACGUGAGGAUGGCAGAGAACUGCUGUAAGCCCACUGCAUCAAUACCCUGCUUUUUCAAAGAGAGGUAUCAAGAGAGGAGCUCAGCCAUUUUCCUGAAGUUUCUCUCCAACAUGUGUAACAAUGAAGUGAAUCUGAAAUCUCACAAAACUGGAUUGACUGCAUAUUUUGGAAGUCUCCUGAGAGUACCAUUUGAAGAAGCAUUACCUAUUUCGAAGCAGUUUCAGUCUGGGCUUGCAAAAUGCUGUUUACAACCACAGCCUCAAUGUGUCAUUGAAGAGUUUAUCAGCGUUCAAAAGGUCCUCUGCAAGGACCGUGCCAACGUAUCUGAGGAACUGCAAAGAUGCUGCAGCAAAGGCCCUCUCGAUGCCAUCACCUGCAUGGAUAGCGUAAAAAGACAUCCUAUCAUAUCUUCAGAUCUUCAGGUCCCCUCUACACAGCUCUGCGAGGAAGCCCAACCAGAUAACACUGACAGAUAUUUGUUCCAGAUCGGGGUGAAACAUGUGUCAGUUUCAGUGCCAGUGCUAACAACCAUUCAGGAUCAGAUGAGAAGCACAGUGGCAGCCUGCUGUUCAGGCACUAAUGACACCACAGCAUGUUUAAAGCAAAGCAAAUUGGAGAAAGCAGCAUCACUAGUGUCUGUGAUUGACAACUUCUGCUUGCAGUACUUUAAACUGGAGUUGCCUGCAUUCAAAACAAAGAUUCAGCAUGAGUUCCAGGGAGAUGAGCCCAAGAGCCAGGCGUGGAUAGAUCUGACCACCAGUUGCUGCUUCCAGCAUUCGCCUGCACAGCUGUGCCAAAAACUGACUGAGGCAGUCAUGAAGUAUGAGGACACUGCUGCAGCUUGAACACUUUCAGCAGGGUUUCCAUGACAGAUCCUGAGCUUAAUCAAAUGCAUAUCAUGAAUAUAAAACAUUUAAUUAUACUCCAUUUUAUUCUGUCCCCACAAGGUAUAUGAUGUGAGCUUAAAGGUUGUUCUAACUAUAAAAGGGUUAUUAUUAGUUAUUAUUAUUAUUAUAAUUUUUUUUUCCACCACAAACAGACUAAUACAGUAGAUUUCUGUUGCCACAGAGACUGACAGCCUAUAGAUUGCUUUGCCUGUGCUAUAAAAAAAAAAAAAAGUUGAAAGAUAUCUACACAUCAGAUUUUUAGGUUAAUAUGGAGAAAGACUUAUUAUGAUGAACAUCUUUACGAUAACCAAAUAAAACUUAAUAGUGCAAAAUGCAUUUGAGCAAUAUUUUUAAAAAUAUUUUUUAAAAUAUAUGUAUUGCUAUUGCCAUCUUUAAAGCUAUACCACUUAGAUGUAGGUAAUUUAAUGGUGAUUCAUCUUUAAAGUGUUUUAGACUCACAUUAAAAGGAUUAUGUGCAAAAGCACUUUAUUAUGUUGUAGUAAUAAAAAAAAAUGGUGUAUGUAGAUUUUUUCCAUCCCAUGUAUGUCAGUAGAAGUUUACAAUUAGUCAAAAUUAUAUUUUCAAGCAAGACUUACAUUUUCUGUAAUAUUGUCAUGAUAUUACAGUAUAUCAGACAGAAAAAGUUGAAGGAAUUUCAGUCUGGAGUAUUGCACUUAUCUUUUCUACAAAAGCAAUACAGUAAUAAUACAGGGUGUCCCAAAAGUCUCCAUAUAUUAACACUUUUUUCCAUUAACAGUUUUUAGCAAAAUGCAUCUUUAUUUAAAGAACAUCCUCUAUAUGAUUGCCAUUUCUUUGUAAACACACACAGGGUCGUCUCUCCCACUCAUGAUGAACUCGUGUUAACACAUCUCAAGUCAAGUCAAGUCAAGUCAAGUCAAGUGGCUUGUCAUUUCAACCAUAUACCACUAGUUAGUACACAGUGAAACCAAACAACGUUCCUCCAGGAUCAAGGUGCUACAUAAAGCUAACACAGAACUACAGAAGACUACAUAUAUUUACAUAAAGUGUACAGUGCAAACAUGUGUAGACGGCACAAGACACUACAAAACUGCCAAAACAGGACAAAGGGCACAGUAAGUUACAGUGCAGCGCUGACUAGUACACAGUUCUAGUAGAAAGUGAAUCAGACAACAGUAGUGCAAAAGAGCAACAAUAUAAGUUGCUGUAAAUGUAAACAUAAGGAGUAGCAGCAGGGUAGAGAGGAUAAAGAUUAUAUAUAAUAUAAUAAAUAUUUGUAGCAGCAGAAAUUGAAUACGGAGAUGUGCAAAAUUUGCAAAGAGGAUGAUGGGGUGAUGUUCAGUUGAGUGUGUGUGAGUGUGUGUGUGUUUUCAGUCCAGUCUCUGAGUGUUGAGGAGUCUGAUGGAUUGGGGGAAGAAACUCUUACACAGUCUGUCCGUGAGGGCCCGAAUGCUUCGGUACCGUUUGCCAGAUGGCAGGAGGGUGAAGAGUGUGUGAGGGGUGUGUGGGGUCAUCCACAAUGCUGGUGGCUAUGCGGAUGCAGCGUGUGGUGUAAGUGUCUGUGAUGGAGGGAAGCGAGACCCCAGUGAUCUUCUCAGCUGUCUUCACUAUCCGCUGCAGGGACGGUGCGAUUCCCAAACCAGUUAGUGAUGCAGCUGCUCAGGAUGCUCUCGAUAGUCCCUCUGUAGAACAUGGUGAGGAUGAGGGGUGAGAGAUGGGCUUUCCUCAGCCUUCGCAGAAACAAAAUCUGGUGUUAUGCAUGUAAUUGCAUGUCCAUCAUAACCUCGUGACAGCUUCCUGAUCCAGCCAUAAGAAUGAUUUCAAAACGUUCUUCUUCUGUCAAUGGCAUUCUUAAAGGCUAUCAGAAUAUAUAUAUAUAUAUAUAUAUAUAUAUAUAUAUAUAUAUAUAUAUAUAUAUAUAUAAGUAUGAAAAUUUUUUGAAGACAUUUUGCUGACAUUUUGCUGAAAGGUGUUUAUUUCCCCUAUGUAUGGAGACUUUUGGGAUACCCUGUACUGUGAAUGUGUUGAAUACAAUGCUUUUUUUUUUUUUUUGUAUGUUUAUUGGCACAUAUGUAAUAGAGUGAAUGAAUAGAGUGUGACUCCCCACCACAGCUUCCACUUUUAGUGUCAUCAGUAUAUACAGUAAUGGUUGAAAUGAUGAGUGACUUUUACGGUUGUGUGAGAAAGAUUAGGGCAAAUUACAAAAUGUGAAAAUAAUUAUAGGCCAUUGCUUAAUAACUUUAUGUAGUAUUCAUUUAUGUUCCAGGCUUUAAUAAUUUGAACAUUUCAUCAAUCAGAGAAUAGCUUAUAUCAAUUAUUUAAAAAAUAAAAUAACAGAAAAUAUGUAAGAAAUAUUUUGAGGACAUUACUAUAUGAAAAAAAGCUUUUAUUUGAGCAAUAUGAGGGAGCUUAAAGGGUUAUAUAAAUUUCAGUAAACAGUUCUUUCAAUGUUUCUUCAGUUCCUCUAUAAUAAAAUUAAUUCACAGCAUCAUAUUUGUGUCUGAGCUGAUCUCUCGUGGAUCAUUAAGAACUGGGUAAUAAGACAAGAUAAGAUAAGUUAAUGUUAUUGUGAAAUAUGAAUUUGUGUAAGAUUAAUAGUUAAAAACUAGAUGGCGCCAUUGUACCAUUGUAAAAUUAGAAAUUACAAGUCUUACAUUUAUAUAAAUAUAAUUAUUGCAACAUUUAUUAUCAUUAUUAUUAUUAUUAUUAUUAUUAUUAUUAUUGUUGUUGUUGUUGUUGUUGUCAAAGUUAAUUGAAACCCACAGAACUAUACCUCACUCAGUUUUGAGCUACAGAAUGAAAAGCUUGAGUUCAGUGAGAAGCUAAAACAUUACAAACGUUGUAGAUUGUACUUUUUUGUUGCUGCCUUCCAUUUGUUUCUCAAAAAAAAUCAAACCCUGGAAUUCAGCUUGUCUUUUUCUGCAACUGUAAAGUGCUACAAGAAAUCCAGUUCAAAUCCAGUCUGAUCCUAAUCUGAUCCCACAGUUCCACUACUACUAUUUUACAAAUUAACUAAAAUAUAUAAACUAUACUAUGCUUACAUCUAAAAUCAUCACUAGCUUUUUAAAAUCUUGCCCAAGUUCAUUUCAGAGACAGAAGGUCACAUGCUUUAAGUCUGGUGACACCUGAUGUUGCUUGCAGAUUCAAAUAAAUACAGUAUAUUGGUAAUUAUUUGUAAUAUAUUAAUUUUGUUUUGCCAUUCAGUACUUUUGCUAUUCAGUAGUUAUGUUGGCUUUAAGUCCUGAUUAUCUGCACAAUCAACAGUAAAUCAAAACGAAUCAUGAUUUCGUCAUGAAUCAUGAUUUAUGCUGAACUGAAUUCACAUGGUCAUUUUAAUCCUGUUACUGUCUUGUCUUUUACUGAAGAAAGUAUAGAGAGACUAUUCAAGGAUGAAAAAUAAUCUGUAAGGCUUUCUGUUAUGCCUAGAUUAAUGCGUCUUUUUACUUCUAGUUAUUUGUAAUUUGGUAACAGAGAUUUGUGACAACACAAUAAACGCUGAUAAAGCCUUAAAAUAAAAUAUUAUCCUUAAUUUAUGAUGACUGUAAAACUGAUGACUGUCAUUAUUUACCAUAAGAUCAUAUAUUAUAGUAAGGUAAUAUGACAAUAACGCAUACGUAGCUCCAACUUAUCUCCUACGUAGCAUCUUGUGAUGAAUAGUAACACCGAUGCUUGUAACGAAUCAUUAUUAGGACUAAAAUGAUCACGGUAACACUUCCUUGGAACCAGGUAUUCAUAAUGCAUGAUGCAUAAUAGAGUGAAUGGAAUGAAUAACACAUAAAGCAUAUCACUUUUUCUAAGAACGAUCUGUAAAUCCGAUAUCUUUAUAAAGGCUCCUGGCUUAUAAUACUUUUAUUAUAAUACUCCUGGCUUAUAAUACUAUUUAUAAUAAUUUUAUAACACACCUUGGUAACACUUUGUGUGAAUCCUGUAUACUUAAUGCAUUGUAAGACAUCUGUAAUAUCUUGUAAUGACCAGUUAAAACUGUCACUAGUUAUAUGUACAUGCGUAACACUUUCUAACUUUAUAAUACUUUUUAAUAAUUUAUAACAAUAUGUCUAUGAUGUUUGGAUACAUACAGCAUUAUACGCUGUGCUUAUAAAGCUUUAUGGAUCCUGACUCUUUAAAGUCACGUUCAUGCUUUAUGUGUUAUGCAUGUAACUAUAACUGCUACAUUUAUAUAUACUUAUGUUAAGCAUUAUAAUGUAUGAUGUAUGUAUAUAACAUGUUAUACAUGCAGUUAUAAUACAUUAUGAAUACAGGUUUCAUAGGAAUUGUUACCAAGUUGCUUACCAAACACUUUUAGCAAACAACAUAUAUUUUCUAUAUUUAUUAUAUUUGCAAUGUGAUUAUUGUGUAAAAGUGUUUAACUGAAUAAAAAAGCUGCAGCUUUGUGUAAGUCAUAUAUUUUAGCUUUGUAUUCCUAUAAAUUUUUAAAGCUUCAGUUAAAAAAAAUCAUUUUAAAGCUUAGUAGUUUUAAAGAAACAUAUCAGAUGGGAGUCAAUAUCAGCUGAUACUCAAGCUUUCAGCGUGCUUUUGGAAAAGAUAGCUAUAAAGUGUAACACAUUCUUAUAAAUGUUUAUAACAUUGUGUAUAAUGUGAACAUACAGAACAUGUCAAAUACAGAGACGGAAAAAAUGCCAGCACCAUUUAUUAAAUUCAGUUUAUUUUUAAUAUUCAUUUCUUUUAAAAAAUAUAAAUUCUAAAAUAAUCACUUCAGCUGUGUGCUCUAAAACGUUAUCAAAAUUAAAAUGUUAUUGUAGUUGUAAAACAUGCCACUAUUCGUAUAAGAUUUGUUUAAAAGAUCUGGAAUUUACCCAUAACUCUUCCAUUACAU